AUGGGCCAAUUAUAUUGGGGCCUUACUGGUGAUCGACUUCAUCUGGCAGUUGCGACCCUUGCUGGUCUGGGAUUCCUUCUUUUCGGUUAUGACCAGGGAGUGAUGGGAGGACUUCUAACACUUCCAACCUUUGUAAAAACGUUCAGGUCCAUAGACACUACCUCGGUAACUUUGAGCCCAGCUCAGAAGAAGAAAAACUCUACUCUUCAAGGAACUGCUGUAGCUCUGUAUGAGAUAGGAUGUAUGAUUGGCGCUCUUUCCUGUCUAUACUUGGGAGAUCGAUACGGACGGAGAAAAGUGAUAUUUUAUGGGGCACUCAUCAUGAUCUGUGGCGCAACCUUGCAGGCCACUGCGUAUCAUCUGGCUCAUUUUAUCAUUGGUCGUGUCGUCACAGGAUACGGAAACGGGUUCAUCACCGCCACGGUUCCUACAUGGCAAGCUGAAUGCUCUAAAGCGCAUCAGAGAGGAAAACUAGUGAUGAUCGAAGGUGCUUUGAUUACUGGAGGAAUUUGUCUCAGUUAUUGGGUCGAUUUCGGAAUGUACUUCGCACAGCAGAGCUCAGCAUCAUGGAGAUUUCCGAUUGCCCUUCAAAUCAUCUUUGCGCUAAUAAUAAGUCUCACGGUCCUCAGCCUACCUGAAUCACCCCGAUGGUUAAUCAAACAAGGAAGAGUCACAGAAGCACGGGAAGUGUUUUCAGCUCUCCAAGAUAGCAACAAAGUGGAUUAUUUCUUGGUUGAAAAGGAGAUAGAAGACGUUCAAAAGUCGUUGGCUCUGACCGGAAACUCCGGUCUUCAAGAUCUUUUCAAGAUGGGUCGUGGUAGGAACUUUCAUAGGCUGGUAUUAGGAGCUGUGAAUCAGUGUUUUCAACAGAUCAGUGGGAUCAACUUGAUAAGUUUUUACGCUGCAACCAUUUACCAAAACUACCUUGGUCUGAGUCCCAUGAUGUCGCGAAUUGUGGCCGCCUGUAAUGGAACAGAAUAUUUUCUAGCCUCGUGGAUAGCUGUUUACACAAUUGAGAGUUAUGGGCGUCGCAAAUUGAUGUUACUAGGAUCAGCUGGAAUGGGAAUCAGUAUGGUAGGACUUGCAAUCGCGACUUGGGCAGCCGAUCCGGUCUCGGGGAAAGGCAGCCCAGGGGCUGCAGUUGUUGCUGCAAUCUUCAUGUUUGUCUUCAACUCAUUUUUUGCCAUAGGAUGGCUUGGUAUGACGUGGUUAUAUCCAGCAGAAAUAACUCCGCUAGAAAUUCGAGCCGCGUCCAAUGGAAUUAGCACAGCUUCUAAUUGGAUCUUCAACUUCAUCAUUGUCCUAAUCACCCCAAUUGCGUUUGAGAACAUCGGCUAUAAAACCUACUCUCAGCCAAAAGAUUGA